UCGCUUCCUGGUUGGAGGCACAGGGCGUGUUACAGUCAAGAGGAAGCUGUCAAGCUUCAGUUUGAAAGCAGAAUCGGCUCUGUCACCUAUAACACCUCACUAGAGUGAAUGAGAAGCGGAUACGGUGCACUGCUCCGUUUCUGUCUUUAAUAUUGCGUAACGCGCGAUGCUGCUGAUAUAUGAGCAGCCAGCUGAUAUUUCACAGAUCACGGCAGCCUGAUGGAGGGGACGAUUGCGGAUAUGAAAACAUCUUAGUACUGCAGAUCAGACACGGAAAGGGAUCGAAACUAUCCAGACAGUUUUCACCAGUGAUCUCCAGCUGGCCAUCGAAGAACGAGUUUUUUUGGCCUUUAAAAGAGUAAACCGAGAGGAUGGCAGGCCCCGAUUCAUCACAGCAGCAGGUUGAAGAGAAAGCCGAGCAGAUAGAUGACGCCGAGCUUGCGUUUCAGGGCAUCAAUAUGCUGCUCAACAAUGGCUUCAGAGAAAGCGACGAGCUCUUCCGGAGAUACCGGACCAACAGUCCGCUGAUGAGCUUUGGCGCCAGUUUCGUCAGCUUCUUGAACGCCAUGAUGACAUUCGAGGAGGAGAAGAUGCAGAUGGCCAGCGAUGAUCUGAAAACUACUGAAAAGCUUUGCGAGAGCGACAACGCCGGCGUCAUCGAGACCAUCCGCAACAAAAUCAAGAAGAGCAUGGACUCGCAGAGAUCAGGAGUGGAGAUUGUGGAUCGUCUUCAGAGACAGAUCAUCGUGGCUGACUGUCAGGUUUAUCUCGCCGUGCUGUCGUUCGUCAAACAGGAACUCUCAGCAUACAUCAAAGGAGGCUGGAUCCUCCGCAAGGCCUGGAAAAUGUACAACAAAUGCUACAGCGACAUCAGCCAGCUGCAGGAAGCCUGCCGCCGACGCUCCUCCGACCAGGCCAAUCACAACACUUCAGGCGAGAGCGGCGGCCGGGUAACAGAAGAGGUUCUGGACCGUCUGAAGGGUUCGGUCAGCUUUGGCUAUGGGCUCUUUCACUUGUGUAUUUCGAUGGUGCCUCCACACCUGCUCAAGAUCAUCAACCUGCUGGGCUUCCCUGGAGACCGUCAGCAAGGUCUCGACUCCUUAGCAUGUGCCAGCGAGAGCAAAGAUAUGAAGGCGCCACUCGCAACUCUGGCUCUUUUGUGGUAUCACACCGUGGUGCAGCCCUUCUUUGCUCUGGACGGCUCUGACUCGCAAGCCGGGCUCCUGGAAGCCAAAGCCAUUCUGCAGCAGAAGGCGAUGGUUUACCCGAACUCCUCUCUCUUCAUCUUCUUUAAGGGACGGGUGCAGAGAUUAGAGUGCCAAAUCAACAGUGCGCUGACAUCAUUUCAGGAUGCUCUGGAAUUUGCCUCAGGCCAAAGAGAAAUCCAACACGUGUGCCUCUAUGAAAUCGGCUGGUGCAGCAUGAUAGAGAUGAACUUUGAAGACGCCUUCAGGUCGUUUGAGCGGCUGAAGAAUGAAUCCCGCUGGUCUCAGUGUUACUAUGCUUACCUCACUGGAGUAUGUCAGGGGGCUUCUGGUGAUCUAGAGGGAGCCAAAGCUGUUUUCCAAGAUGUCCAGAGGCUUUUCAAACGCAAGAACAAUCAGAUCGAGCAGUUUGCACUGAAAAGAGCAGAGAUGCUGAGGAAAGUCUCCCUUACGCGAGAGCUGUGCAUUCUGGGUGUUGUGGAGGUGCUGUACUUAUGGAAAGCUCUUCUAAACUGCUCUUCCUCCAAACUCCAGCUUAUGAAUCAAGUGCUACAGGGGCUGGACGAGCAGUCAAGCCUGGGCCUAAAACACCUGCUGCUUGGGGCCAUUCAGAAAUGUCUUGGGAAUAUUAAAGACGCUGUUCAGUCGUUCCAGCUGGCAGUGCAGGAUGAAUACGGCCGUCAGACAAACAGCUAUGUGCAGCCCUAUUGCUGCUAUGAGAUGGGCUGUGUGUUACUGGCUAAACCAGAGACCCUGAGUAGAGGAAGAUCAUUGCUGCUUCAGGCCAAGGAGAACUACGCCGGGUACGACUUCGAGAACAGGCUGCACGUCCGCAUCCAUUCUGCCCUCGCCUCCAUAAAGGAAGUGGUCCCUCGCUGACCCAUCCGACCUCAGAAGAGAACCAUACUUUUGACCGCUCCUGUCCAGCACUUUUUGAAAUGAAAGCCAUUUGAAGUAAUCCAGCUCUUCUGGAGGGAGAAACUGAAAGUCAGCGGAUUUCAGGUGAUAGAGGACAAGUUGGCCGAUAUUUUUCAGCCUAGAAUUGAAAAGGUUCACUCUUCAUGUAGCUGUUGGUCCCAGUGAUGUAAUCUAAUUUUCACGUUCACAUUUACACCAACGUCAUGUGUGUUCAGGAUUGAUCUGCAGAAGUGCAGGAAAACGUAACCCUCACAAACAAACACGAGAGUAGACCGACUGGUUAGAUGCUUUCCCAGAGCUUGCGAUAUCAUACAAAACACAUUAGCAUGGGAUAGAACUCAACAUUAGAUAACAUUAAUAUAUAAAAAUGAAAAAUAUAUUGUGUAACCCUUUAUCUCAAAGAAAUAAUGGUAUCCAAACUUACCAAUAAUUACCUGUAUGUCAAAUCAGGUUUGUAUGCAUCUGGUGUAAUGGCGGACCGAUAUGAGACCGAUAUGGCCGUGCUAUGAUGUCACGUAAAUAAAUGUUUAACUAUAUAA